AUGCCACGGCGCUCCUUGUUCGCCGUGUUUGCCCUCGUUUCGUUUGUGCUUCUGGUCACCAUUGGCCUCGCCACGCGCGGAUCCCACCAGGGCCCCAAUUUGCGGUUUGAGCGCAGCGACGAUGGGAAAUGGCAUGCCAAGGCCAAGGCCAAGACCCGUGCCGCGCCCGCUGGCGACAAGUACCUCGUCGGGGCCGGCAAGGCCGACAUCACCGGCCCCGUCGUUGAGAUUGGGUUCGCCGGCUACGCGGACCUGUCCCAGGUGGGCACAGGGCUGCGCCAGCGCAUCCACAGCCGCGCCUUCAUCGUCGGAGACGUCAACAACCCGAGCGAUCGGUUCGUGUACCUCGUCAUGGAUACGCAGAGCGGCGACACGGCAGUCCGGAAAGGUAUCAUCGAAGGCGUGCAAGCGCUUGGGUCCGAGUACUCCGUCUACAACAAGAACAACAUCGCCGUGACAGGCACCCAUAGCCAUGCCGGGCCGGGCGCAUGGUUCAACUACCUCCUCCCGCAGAUCACCAGUCUGGGUUUCGACAAGCAAAGCUACCAGGCCGUCGUCGACGGCGCCGUGCUCUCCAUCAAGAAGGCCCAUGAGUCCCUGACCGAGGGUUACCUCGACGUGGGCACCGCCGAAGUCACCGACGGCGCCAUCAACCGCAGCCUCUGGGCCUAUCUCGCCAACCCCGAGGCUGAGAGGGCCAAGUAUAGCUCCAGCACCGACACGACCAUUACCCUCCUCCGCCUGCAGCGCGCCUCGGAUGGCAAGAACAUUGGCCUGCUGACGUGGUACCCGGUGCACGGCACCUCGAUCCUGCAGAACAACACGCACGUGGCCGGCGAUAACAAGGGCGUCGCGGCGUACCUCUUGGAGAAGGACCUCGCGGGCGACGCGAGCGCCGCGCCAGGCUUCGUGGCCGGGUUCAGCCAGGCCAACGUCGGCGACACGACGCCGAACGUGCUCGGCGCCUGGUGCGACGACGGGAGCGGUCAGCAGUGCAGUCUGGAGAACAGCACGUGUGCCGACGGCAAGAGUCAGUCGUGCCACGGCCGUGGGCCCGCCUUUGACAAGUUGGACCUGGGCAUCUCGAGCUGCUACGAGAUUGGGAGACGGCAGUAUGCCGGUGCCAAGUCGGGCUAUGAUGCCCUGGAGUCUUCCUCGACCCCGAUCGUUGGCACGAGCGUCAAGUCCUUCCACUUCUUCCACGACAUGUCCUUUUACAACUUCACCCGCGCCGACGGCACCGUGGGCCAGACGUGCCCCGCGGCGCUGGGUUACUCCUUCGCCGCGGGCACGUCGGACGGCCCCGGCGCGUUCGACUUCACGCAGGCCGACUCGGGCAAGCCGGACGCCAGCCCGCUGUGGGCGGUCGUCUCGGGCCUCCUGCGCGCGCCGACGGCCGAGCAGGCCGCCUGCCAGCAGCCGAAGCCGGUGCUGUUGGACGUCGGCGAGUUGAGCGUGCCCUACUCCUGGAGCCCCAACAUCGUCGACAUACAGAUGCUCCGCGUCGGGCAGCUGGUGAUCGUCGUCGCGCCGGGGGAAGCGACGACGAUGUCCGGACGGCGGUGGAAGGACGCCGUCAAGGAGGCUGCCAGGACCAUUGUGGACGACGAGCCUCUCGUCGUGCUCGGUGGCCCGGCCAACACCUAUUCCCACUACAUCGCUACACCUGAAGAAUACGGUAUCCAGCGCUACGAGGGCGCGUCUACCCUCUUCGGGCCCAACACGCUGCCGGCCUACAUCAACCUCACCGUCUCCAACAUCGGCUACCUCGCGCCCGCCUCGACGUCCACCCCGCCCGACGGGCCCUCGCCACCAGACAACCGCGGCAACUCGCUAUCCUUCAUAACGGGGGUCGUCCAGGACGGGGCGCCGAUCGGAAAGUCCUUUGGCCAGGUGCUCACGCAGCCGGCAGCGUCGUACUCGCGCGGCGCCGUCGUCAACGCGACGUUCCAGGCGGCCAACCCGCGCAACAACCUCCGGCUUGAGGGCACCUACACGGCGGUCGAGCAGCUCGGGGCCGACGGGCAGUGGACGCAGGUGCGCAACGACAACGACUGGUUCCUCGUGUACACGUGGAAGCGGACGAACUGGCUGCUGGGCUACAGCGAGGUCGUGAUCAGCUGGGAGACGGGCGCGGACGACGGGGCCGCGCCGGGGACCUACCGGUUCAAGUACUACGGCGACUCGAAGCCGCUGAUCGGAAGCAUCAGUGCGUUCGAGGGGACGAGCGGGAACUUCACGUUGGUUUAG